AUGUCAUUUUUGUCAGCUAUUGAUAAACACGAUACUCCUCAAAACAUUGAUGAAGCUUUAAGAAGCCCUCUAUAGAAAAAAACAAUGGAUGAGGAGAUGUUAGCUCUACAGAAGAAUCAAACUUGGAAACUUGUGCUACUUCUUAAAGGGAAGAAAACCAUGGGUUGUAGAUGGGUAUACACUAUUAAAUAUAAAUCUGAUGGGACUGUUGAUUGUUUUAAAGCUCGGCUGGUGGCAAAAGGCUUCACCCAAUGUUAUGGUAUUGAUUACAAAGAGAUCUUUGCUCCAUUUGUGAAGAUGGGAACAGUUUGGAUAUAA